AUGGAUAAACUUAGAGAAAAAAUCAACGCUGCUCGUGCCGAAACAGACGAAGCUGUCUCACGCGCCGAAGCUUCAGAAGCCAAGUUGAAAGAACUGGAACACCAAAUGUCAGUCAAAGAACAAGAAUAUGAUUCCCUUUCUAGAAAACACGAAGCCUCUGAGUCUCGCUUAGAAGAAGUUGAAGAGGAAAUGAAAGAUUUACGCAUAAAGGCCGACGACGAAACUGGCCAAAAGAGUGAAGUUGAGCAACUUUCCCGAAAGAUUGAGCUUUUAGAGGAAGAGCUUGAAACUAAUGAUAAGCUUCUUCGCGAUACCACAGAGAAGAUGCGUCAAACAGAUGUCAAGGCUGAACAUUUCGAGCGACGCGUUCAGUCAUUGGAACAUGAGCGUGAUGACUUGGAACAAAAGCUUGAAGACAUGACCGACAAAUACGCAAAGAUCAAGGCUGAAUUAGACGAGGUACACCAAGCAUUGGAAGAUCUAUAG